AUGAGUCAUCUUUAUGAAUGGUACGAGGCAGAGAAUAACUACAUAUGCUUCGCUAAAACUGAAUCUGAAUUUUAUUCCAAUUGCUACAAUAAAAUAUCAUUUAAUUUAAGAGACUCAGUCAAAUUUAUUUGGAUUACAAAGAACUAAUUUGAAGAUGGUAAAGGCUCUUGUAAUAAACUCUCUUAUGCUGAUUAAACAUUCAAAUCAUUGAAAAUGUUAGUGCUUAAUCAGGGAAAGCCAUACACAGAUAUAUGUUACGAUAGUAGUCUUCCAGAUAUCCCAUUCGGCUAUGCAAUAGGAGGAGAUAUUCCUUAAUCUUAGAAUUUGUCAUUAUAUUAAAUCGAUGCUUCAAUUUAGUAGUUUAUUGCGGGAGUAGAUUGUAGAAUAGAUGGAUAGAAAUAUACAACACUUACAAGUAAGAAAUCAGUUGUCAAAAAAAAAGGAGUGUAUGUGACUCUUCCAACUAAAAAGCUAUUAGUCUUAUCAAUUCUCUCAAUAAUGUAGUUUCUAGCGUUAAUGAACGGUAUUGUGUUUUUUCUUACAGAUAUUUUAUUCUUUCACAUUGGCUUUAGCUGGUAAAUGAAGUGUCUAAGGAAUAGACUUCAUAUGACAUUUAUAGAUUUAUUUAACGGAAUCGUAUUGAUAGUAUUUUAUUCCUUGGAAUUUGUACUAAACUUCCUCUUGCACAAUGAGUCAAUUAGACCUAAUGAACCUCAAAAAGUGUGCAUAGUAUCAUCGAUGAACGUCAUAAAAUCUAACAUUGUAUUUUUGCUGUUACCAAUAGUUUGGUACAUCCGACUUCAUCAGAUAAACCCUCAAAAAUACUUUAUACAUUAAAGAAAUUAGAAGAGAUAUAAAAAUAAUAAUGCUCUUCAGCUGGCAGAAUUCGAUGAUAUCAAGACUUGUUCCACUAGGGCAACUACGGUACCAACUUCAGAACCUGCAGAUCCCCCUGAAAUAAUUAACUGA